UCAGCACCUCCAGGACCUACAGAGCCAGAAAGAUGUGUCAUCAGCAACUGUUCAUCUCUUUACUUUCUUUGCUCUUGUUGGCAACUCCUCUCAUGGCCAUAUGGGAAUUGGAAAAAAAUGUUUAUGUCGUGGAGGUAGAAUGGCAUCCUGAUGCUCCAGCUGAAACAGUGGUGCUCACCUGUGAUUCAUCUGAAGACAAAAACGCCAUUACCUGGACCUCAGACAAGAAUGGCCAGAUUUUAGGAACAGGCAAAACCUUGACUGUCCAAGUGAGGGAGUUUACAGAUGCUGGCACCUACAUUUGUCAGAAAGGAGGAAAGGUGAUGAGUCAAAAGUUAUUGUUAAUCCGAGUAAUGGAAGAUGGGAUUUGGUCCACUGAUAUUGUGAAAGACCAGAAAGAACCCAAAACCAAGACCUAUCUGAAGUGUGAGGCCAAGAAUUAUUCUGGGACUUUCACCUGUUCCUGGCUUACAGAAAGCAGUCCUGACUUAAAAUUCUCUAUUAGAAGCAGCAAAGGCUCUUCAGAUCCCCGAGGGGUAACGUGUGGGCCCACUGUGCUCUCUGAAGAAAAAGUCAAAAUAGACGGCAAGGAAUACCAAAAAUAUACAGCAGACUGCCAAGAGGUCAGCGCCUGCCCAUCUGCUGAAGAAAGCCAGCCAAUUGAGGUUGUCCUAGACGCUAUUCAGAAGCACAAAUAUGAAAAAUACACCAGCAGUUUCUUCGUAAGAGAUAUCAUCAAACCAGACCCACCCAGGAACCUUCGUGUCAAACCCUUAAAGAAUUCUAGGACUGUGGAACUAAGUUGGGAGUAUCCUGAGACCUGGAGUACACCACAUUCCUAUUUCCCACUAAAUUUCAUUGUUCAAGUUCAUGGCAAGGGCAAGAAAGAAAAAAAUAGCUUCACAGAAACAACCUCUGCUCAAGUUGAAUGUCACAAGGGGAAGAGGAUUCAGGUGCAGGCCAUCGAUCGCUACUAUAAUUCAUUCCGGAGCAAUUGGGCAUCUGUGUCCUGUUAAGCUCCCAUGAUACUACAUGGGAUGAAGAGAAGAAAUGAUGCAAACGUGAAAAAAAAGAAUCAAGUGAAAUGAAAUGUGAAUGUCAUCUGUCAAUUUUCUUUUAUUUUUAUUUUUCAUGGAUUAUGAUUUAUUUUUUUAUAUUUCAGUUCCCAGAUGCUCAAUGAACCAAACAACCAGUUAAUUUGAGGUAAAAAAAAUCAAUCAGUAUUUAUUUAGCUUGAUACCUUUUAUUUAUUUAUUUAUUCAUUUAUUUAUUUGAAAUUGGGUCUCCGCAUCUCCCCCAAGGCUGGAAAGGCAGUGGCCACUUAUGGGCCUGAUCUCACUGCUGCUGGGCUCAGAAGCUUUGACUCUCUCUGUUACUGACCUGGGCUGGUUUGCCCUUUCUUUGGCAGUCUAGGAACACCACUGCACCCCAACUUGAAGGGGCUUGGUGCCAGGUUUAGUGCUAACAGUCAAUCCUCUUUAACCUUCCUGAGUCUCAGAACUGCUAAGCUCAUAGGAACCGUCUGCCUCAGCCUCCCUAGCAGUGGGGAUUGCAUGUGUGGCCCUUGAUAUCUUUAUAGCCUAUCUGUUUGGAACUAACUUUUGUAUUUAAAAUAAUUUUACAUAUUUGUUAAUUUAUUACUCUUAUUUAACAUCAAAUUUGUGAAUAUACGUCCAUCCAAGGACCAGCUUUUCAAAAUUCAAAGUAGCUCAUCACCAGAGUGAAGGCCAGCCAAGGUGGUCAGUGACUCAAGAAUGUCUGCAACUAAGACAUAGAAGAGUUGCAAUCUGCAUCAGUGAAGGGAUUAUGAUGAAACCAUACUCCAGCAGUAUUGAAGGGAGUAUUUAACAUUUGUAGAGUGCCCAAGUAUUUGUGUAUUUUUCUUAUUUAUAUGUGACAUUCAUUGAGAAUGUAUCCUUUUAUGCAAAAUGUGAAUUGGAGUGCUAUUUCUGCCAGAUUUUGUUUGUAUUGAAACUUUUUUAAAAUGCAUCAGUUUUAUGAUAAUUAGUAAGAACAUAAUGUUCUGGACUUUGCCACACACACACACACACACACACACACACACACAAAAAGGCAAAUGGAGUAAUAUAUCUUUGAGAGAUGGAAAGAUUUAACGAUCAGUAACUAGAUACAAAGACAACAUAUCUAAUGAGACCCUGGAGAAGGAGAUCUAUUUCCUGUACUCAGCCCUAUUUCCUGAUAUCAGACUGUAUUUCUCAUGCAUGCUUUUUUAAAAAAGACUAACAUUGAAAUUCAGUAGGGCCUGACAUGUCCAAGCACAACCUUUCAGUGCCCAGAUUACUAUUUAUUUGCAAAAGUGAUGCUGCCAGAGCAGAUAUUAAGCUUCUAACUUCCCAUGAAGUCUAAUUGCCACCCAGUAUUAAAGAAGAACUAGACAUAAGUAGGAUGUAAGACUGCAAAAGUCUUAGGAAAAAUGUCCUUACAUUGCCUAUAAAGGAUGUUUUAAAUCAGAUGAGAGGAAAGAUGCUAUGAUUGUUGAGACUCUCUUGCUAACAGCAAGACCAAGGCAAUGAUGACUGAACAUUAUAUCGACUGAGACGAGCAUGAUCUUUUCUGCUGAAACAAGGAAAUGAGGACUAGUUUCCCAUUUGGGCCAAAGAGAAAGAAAAUCAAUAUGUUUACAUUAUUCUUAAGCUUACCUUUGAAAUCUCAAAAACGAUUCUGCAACAUAGGAAAACAUAAGCCAGAACUAUUCUGUGUGGAUAGAGAUGUAGAAAGGGGAUGACGCUGAACUGAAACAGAGAAAAGAAAAAAUAAACUAAGACCCACACAUCUAUCCUCCCAUGUGAAACUGUUUGUUGGGAUACCAAACUUUAUUGUGAAAAUGCACAAAUAAACCUGUGAGAAAAUUUUGUUUUGUUCUUCAGGGAACAGCCCAAUGUCAUCAAUGUAACUGAUAUUUAGAUAUGGACCUUAUCUGGCUAUAUGCUUCUUUUCAGUGCAAUGAACAU